AGAAGAUCUGGGGACAUUUCGACCGGAACACCGGAGAAGUGAAGUCGGGCUACGGGCUGCAAGACCUUUUGUGGAUGAUCCGCAACGCCGAGGCGCAUUUCAUCGAGUACCCCGAACUCGUUGAUAUUUUCGGUGGCGGGCGCAGCGCCGGGACGCGCAUUAGGCGCAUGUACGCGUACUUUUUCGCGAAGUUUCCGGCCCUAGAAAGGGAUAUCCGCAUCGUCACGCGCGAGGGGAACGCGAUGGAGCGUGCAAAGAUGGGUCUCGACUUGCACUGGGAAGAGCCAGCACUUCACGUUGCUGUGUCAAACGGAGACAAGGAUGAAGUACGAAAGAUUCUGACCGACGUGGGGCUUUUUGUGUUGCGAUACAGAGAUUACGACGAGGACUACGAAGGGCCACAUGCCUCAGCGCUCGACAAACUCGACACCGAGCGUUUUCCCGAGAUUGCUGCAUCACUGCGCAAACUCGACACCGAGGUGCGUGCGAAAGGGGUACACAAGCUGAAGAAGAAACGAUGCAAGGAAACGGAAAUGCGCUUGCUACGGGGCGUUUUUGACGAAUGCGAAUCGACGGGCGGUCAUUUAGCGC